AUGUAAAUGAAUGAGGGUGUGGUGAAGUUCUCGGAGCCGAGGCUUUCCCCCGAGGGUCGGGAUAAAGAUGAGUCUGACAGUAGGAGUGACAUUUUUGGAAAAAGUUGACUCUUGCCUUUUGGCUGAUCCAUUUGUGGUUUCAGGGUGGGUGAAAACCGACAUGGGUGCUGUGGAAUCGGUGAGGGUAACCAGAAGUGGUCUUGUGAUAAUUGUUUGUGUUUCUGCUGGUCAGAGGGACCAGGCGCUCCAUGUUAAACGAAUGGGGGCAAGAGAUGUGAAUUGUUUUGCUCUCAAGAAAAGGGCGCCAUUGAAAGGAGUGAUUACUGACCAACUGAAGGGGAAGAUUCCCGGUGUUUGUGAUGCUCGUCGUUUGGUGCGACGAAGACAGGGUGGCGCGGACAGUGAAACAGAAGAGUCAUUGUUUGCCCAACAAAGUGAUGUUGGGGUAUAAGUUAUCCUGUACGAGUUUUGUGCCGAAAAGAUUGUUGUUACAGGUGUCAAGCUUAUGGGCAUGUGGCAGCAGUGUGUAGGAGGCAUUUUCCUAGGUGUGAGAAGUGUGCAGAAAGGCAUAAGACAAAGGAACGUGUAGCAUUGGGGGAAAAUAGUGGUCUGUGUUAAUUGUAGGGGUGCCCAUGGGGCUGGGGAUCAGAAAUGUCCCGUGCGAGAGAGUCAGGUUGAGCUUUCCAAGGUUAGUGUAAUGCGGAAGUUGUCAUAUGCUGAGGCAGUGAAGAAGGUAGAUGAAGAUGGGUCAAGGGAGAGGGAUACCGAGAGGAGUGGUGUGAGUAGUCUAUCUGUACCAGUACAGAGGGAUGCACCAACAAGUGAUAUUUGCUUCAGUUGAACAAUAAAGAGCUGCAUAAUUCUACCAACCAGGCUUAGGCCUGGUCACACUAUGUUCCACCUGUCUAGUCUUCUUCUUGACCCCCCCUCCCAGGAACAGUAAAUAGUUACAGUAACAUGUCUUCAGGCCCACCUCAGUCGCCCACAGUGGCUAAGACAGAGGUGACUGUUGAAGGAGAAUGCCCUAUCUUCGCUGCCACCUUUGCCUACUGGGACAACAUCCUGGGACCGCGGGUGUGUCACAUCUGGGCUCCCAGGUGCGAGCAACCACUGUUGCUGAGCGAUGGCGAAGUCACCUUCCUGGCCAAUCACACGCUGAACGGGGAGAUUCUGCGCAGCGCAGAGUGCGGCGCCGUGGACGUCAAGUUCUUCGUCCUAGCCGAGAAGGGUGUCAUCAUCAUCUCGCUCAUCUUCGAUGGCGAGCUGAAGGGUGACAAGAACACCUGUGCCCUGUCCAUCAUCCUGCCGCAGACAGAGCUGGCCUUCUACCUGCCCUUGCACAUGGUCUGUGUGGAGAGGCUCAAACACAUAAUCCGCAAGGGACGCAUCUGGAUGCAGAAGGGCUACAACAUAAUUUCUGUGCUGUCAUCAGAGAUUGUCCCCGUCAUGGAGCUGCUGUCAUCCAUGAAGACACACAGUGUCCCAGAGGACAUAGACAUCAAGGACACCAUCCUAAAUGACGAUGACAUCGGAGACAGCUGUCAUGAAGAUUUCCUGCACAAGGCAAUCACUUCUCAUCUCCAAACCUGUGGCUGCUCCAUGGUGGUCGGAAGCAACCCAGACAAAGUCAACAAGAUAGUGCGCACGCUGUGCCUCUUCCUCACCCCUGCUGAGAGGAAGUGCUCUCGGUUCUGUAAAGCUGACUCUACUUUCAAGUAUGAUACAGGACUGUUUGUACAAGGCCUCCUCAAGGACUCCAUGGGCAGUUUUGUCUUACCCUUCCGCCAGGUGCUGUACUCGCCCUACCCGACCACGCACAUCGACGUGGACAUCAACACGGUGAAGCAGAUGCCGCCCUGCCACGAGCACACAUACAUUCAGCGGCGCUACAUGCGCUCAGAGCUCAGCGUGCUCUGGAAGGUGGCCAGUGAAGAGGACGUCGACACUGACACCGGCAUCCACACCGAGUCCUUCACCCCCGACCUACAUGUAUUUCAGGAUGUUAUGCAUAAAGACACCCUGGUAAAGUCAUUUAUAGACGAGGUGUUCAUGCUGAAGCCAGGUCUCAAUCUGCGAAGUACUUACUUGGCCCAGUUCUUGCUGAUCCUUCACAGGAAGGCGCUCACACUACUCAAAUACAUCGAAGAUGAGACGCAAAAGGGAAAGAAGCCUUUCCGCUCCUUGCGCAGCUUGAAGACAGACCUCGACCUGAUGGUGGAAGGCGACCUGAAUAUCAUCAUGGCGUUGGCUGAAAAGCAGAGGGCUGGACUGCACUCCUUUGUAUUUGGGAAGCAAUUCUACACCAGUGUACAGGAGCGAGAUGUGCUCAUGAGCUUUUGACUCUUACUCUCAUCAUGACAUAUUUUUAUCACCUUUUAAGAAAUGGGAAAGAAAUUGACAUGACUUGUCCAAAAGCUGCCUUUACUAGGUGACAUGUUUUGUCCACUAAAGAGUGUUGAAGUGUUAAAAUGUAAAAAAGAAAUACAGUAUGCCACCAUAAUAUUGAAAUUUCAGAUGUCCAUUUAAAGUCCAAAAACUUCUUUAGUUGGAUUUGUGCUGCUGUCCUUUAUUGCUAAUCUUCAUUGUUUUAUUCAAAGCAUGAGUCUAGAGUCUUCCAUGUUUGUGUUGGGACUCCACUUUAUUUGUGAAACUUAAAUGUUUGGAUAUCAAUAAUAGUACACUGAUUGUACAACAAUCUGGACUUCCUCUAUCUGUUGACUGAAUGACCACAACAGCCAUGUCCAGGUUAUGAACCAUGUAUUGCCCUUUUGCAGUAUGCACUGUAUGUCUGAGCAUUCAUGCUGAUUUGUUGACUAGAGACCGGUUUGUUUAAGUAAGUUUGACAUGUACAUCAUGAUGUGUAUAGAGUUAAUCAUUAGCGUACCUUAUUUGAGGUAUGUGAUAUACCAGGCCAUAUCAUAUCGGUAUCAUGUCUUGACAUUAUUUUGUCAUCAUAAUUACUGUUUGACAUGAUGCUAAAUGUAUCGUAAUGUGUGUAAGGCUUUAUCAUGUGUCAACUUUGACUCAUCUCACAGUGGCCUUAACUUACAGUAUUUUCUCACUACCUUUCAUUUGGUAGAUGAGGUGGAUAAUGGUAUAUGCUAGUGAAACAAUAAUGUUAUUAACCCUACUGGCCUUCAUGCUGAUGCAGCGUUAUUCUCUAACAUUUGUCAAUGCAUCCAUGAUGAUAAACAUUUGUCAAUACAAAA